AGGGAGGGAGGAGGAGGGGCAAAAAAAGGAAUCAACACAUCGGAGAAGUCCCUUCCAAGAGCCGCCCCCUCCCCUCCCCGCCUCGCGCUGCUUGGCGGCCGCGGUUCGACUCCCGUCCCUGCUUCCAGCUGAGGUGGUGCUGGCUGUCAGGCUGAAAUGAACCCUCAGCAGUCCUCCGUCUACCAUGGCCACCCUUAACUCAGCCUCGUCCUCCGGUACCGUUCCUUCUCCUGGGCACGAUGCUCCGUCCCCACCUCCAGACACCUCCUCCUCCAGCACCUCUGAUCCUGUCACCAAAGAUCCCCCUGAUGCCUCCUCCCCCUCUGAGAGUGUAAGGUCCUCAGAGCCAGGGGGAGAGCUUCUGGAGUCAGGCUGUGGCCUUGUUCCACCAAAGGAGAUUGGAGAUCCCCAAGAAGAGCCUGGCUGUGGUCACAUCCCACCAAAGGACCUCAGGGUGGAAAAGGAGGAGGAGGAAGAGGAAGGAACCCUUCCUUUGGACCUAAGCAACCACUUAUUCAUUGCAGCUGGAGGUGAGGCCUACCUGCUGGCCAAGCCGUCCCUGUCAGGUGGCAGUGAACUCUUGUUACCAAAGGGCUUCCCCUGGGAUGAGGCAAGCGACAAGGAAGAGCCCAGCCUGCCCCUCCUCGCCCAUUUCCCCUCCUCACACCUUACCGCCCUUCACAUCCAGCAUGGCUUUGACCCAACCCAAGGCUUUAGCUCUUCUGACCAAAUUUUGUCCCAUGAUACCUCAGCGCCAUCUCUGGCCGCCUGUGAGGGAAGGGAUGGAUCCUUCUGGAGCUACCAGCUGGUUCCAAACCCAACCGAAGAUCCCAAAGAUGGCCCCAUGGGGAGCCGAUGGGGAGACCACAGGGCACUGUUCUGGAUCUGCCUUCUAUGCCGCCUGGGUUUCGGCAGGCUCCGGGCCUUUAUAGGUCACACACGUUCUCAUGGAGUGAAGCUGAGCCCUGCCCACCACCAGGGCUUGCUGGGCAGCCCAGCCGUACUUCAGGAAGGUGACGAUGGCGGCAUGGCCUUCCUUAGCUUUCUGGAACCAAAACCCCUUGCUUGCCCUUCUCCUAAAGUCCCUGAGAACAGCACAGUGACCAUGGAGACGAACGGAGCCCAGUCUGAGGAUGGCCCCCCAGAGGCAGACAUGCAGGCCCUUGUUCUCCCUGCUGAAGAAGUUAUGGCCCUCAGCCCACCAUCCCCACCCACAGCCCUAGCCACCUGGGACCCCAGCCCAACCCAAGCCAAAGAAUCACCAGUAUCCAGAGGCGAGGCAGGGCCAGACUGGUUCCCUGAGGGCCAAGAAGAGGAUGGAGGGCUCUGCCUCCCACUCAACCAAAGCUCACCCACCUCGAAGGAGGUCGCCACCACGCUCCCAGCUCCGGGAGGGUCUCCUGACGACACCAGCGACCUGCCUCAGUCCUGCCGCCUGAUCGAUGACUACCCUCCGGCCCCUGCAGCCUUCCAGGGCCUCAGCCUCUCCAGCCACAUGUCCUUGCUGCACUCGCGCAACUCCUGCAAGACUCUCAAGUGUCCCAAGUGCAACUGGCACUACAAGUACCAGCAGACCCUGGACGUGCACAUGCGGGAGAAGCACCCGGAGAGCAACAGCCACUGCAGCUACUGCAGCGCCGGCGGCGCCCACCCCCGCCUCGCUCGCGGGGAGAGCUACAACUGCGGCUACAAGCCCUACCGCUGCGACGUCUGCAACUACUCCACCACCACCAAAGGCAACCUCAGCAUCCACAUGCAGUCCGACAAGCACCUGGCCAACCUGCAGGGCUUCCAGGCGGGGCCUGGCGGCCAGGGGAGUCCCCCAGAGGCCUCCCUCCCGCCCCCAGCCGCCGCCGCCGCCGCCGCCGGAGGGGACAAAGAGCCCAAGACCAAAUCAUCCUGGCAGUGCAAAGUGUGCAGCUACGAAACCAACAUCUCCCGGAACCUGCGGAUCCACAUGACUUCCGAGAAACACAUGCAAAACGUCCUGAUGCUGCACCAGGGGCUGCCGCUCGGCCUGCCGCCGGGGCUGGUGGGGCCGGGACCCCCUCCCCCACCGGCGACUGCCCCCACCAACCCCCCUGAACUCUUCCAGUACUUUGGGCCCCAGGCCCUAGGACAGCCUCAGACGCCCAUGCCUGGGCCGGGGCUGAGGCCCGACAAACCCCUUGAAGCCCAGCUGCUUCUCAAUGGUUUCCACCACCUUGGAGCACCUGCCCGCAAGUUCCCCACAACUGCCCCCGGCAGCCUCUCCCCUGAGACCCAUCUGCCACCAAGUCAGCUCCUGGGCUCCUCAUCCGAUGGCCUGCCCACUUCGCCCUCCCCAGACGACAGCCCACCCCUGAAGGUGUUCCGCUGCCUGGUGUGCCAGGCCUUCGGCACCGACAGCCUGGAGCUGCUGCUUUACCACUGCAGCAUAGGCCGGAGCCUCCCAGAGGCCGAAUGGAAGGAGGUGGCCGGCGACACCCACCGCUGCAAGCUCUGCUGCUACGGCACCCAGCUCAAGGCCAACUUCCAGCUCCACCUCAAGACCGACAAGCACACCCAGAAGUACCAGCUAGCAGCCCACCUGCGGGAGGGGGGUGGAGCCGCGGGCACGCCUUCCCCGCUGCCCCUGGGGGACGGGGCUGCUUACGGCUCCGUCUCCCCCCUCCACCUGCGCUGCAACAUCUGUGACUUCGAGUCCAACAGCAAAGAGAAGAUGCAGCUGCAUGCCCGCGGGUCAGCCCACGAAGAAAACAGCCAGGUCUACAAGUUUCUCCUGGAAAUGGAGGGAGCAGAGGCGGGGCCAGAGCCGGGCCUCUACCGCUGCCUGUUGUGCGCCUGGGCCACACCCUCCCGCCUCGCCGUGCUCCAGCAUCUCCGCACACCUGCCCACCGCGACGCCCAGGCCCAGAGGCGUCUGCGGCUGCUACAAAACGGCCCGGCCGCCGAAGAAGGACUCUCAGCUCUUCAGAGCAUCCUGAGCUUCAGCCAUGGGCGGCUCCGAACUCCUGGGAAGGCUGACACCCCCUUCUCUAAGCCGCCCACCUCUGAGAAAGAUGCCCAGAACAAGACAGAACAUUUGGCUUCUGGCGUGACAGAGGACAGAACCGGCCUUUCCACAGACGGUGCCAACCAGAUCACGGUAUACUGCUGUCCAUACUGCAGCUUCCUGAGCCCAGAGUCUGACCAGGUGAGGGUCCAUACACUCUCCCAGCAUGCCGUGCAGCCCAAGUACAGGUGCCCACUCUGCCAGGAGCAGCUGGUGGGCCGGCCUGCCCUGCACUUCCACCUCAGCCACCUUCACAACGUGGUGCCCGAGUGCGUUGAGAAGCUGCUGCUUGUGGCCACCACCGUAGAGAUGACCUUCGCAACCAAAAUGCUACCUGGACCCACACCAGCCCCUGUGGAGGAUGGCCUAGAACGCCCCACUCCUGGACCAGAGCCCCCUGCCAGCAGAGACCAGGUAGCAGAAAGCUCUAACCUGACUCCAGAGGCCAGCCCAGAUCCUCCUCCUCCUCCUCCUGAGCCUCCCCUGGCAGCAGCCGAGGGCCCAGAGAAGCCCUCGGGGAGCCCUGAUCAGCCCUCUUCUCCAGUCCCGUCUCCGCUCCCUCAGCUUGAUGCCCAAGUCGAAGAAGCGGCUCCGCCCCCCGCCAUGGCUGAGGAGGAAGAGGGAGCCCUGGGGGAGGCGCGCUCCGCAGAGCCAUCGCCAGCUGACUCUCGCCACCCUCUAACCUAUCGGAAGACCACCAACUUCGCCCUGGACAAAUUCCUGGACCCUGCCCGUCCCUACAAGUGUACUGUGUGUAAGGAGUCCUUCACCCAGAAGAACAUCCUCCUGGUUCAUUAUAAUUCCGUCUCCCACCUCCACAAGAUGAAGAAGGCUGCCAUUGACCCCUCGUGCCCUGCCCGAGGGGAGUCUGGCAUCCCGCCACCCACCACCGCUACGUCGGACAAGCCCUUCAAGUGCACGGUCUGCCGAGUGUCCUACAACCAGAGCUCCACCCUGGAGAUUCACAUGCGGUCCGUUCUGCACCAGACUCGCUCCAGGGGGGCCAAGGCUGAUGCCAAGGCUGAAGGAUCGGAGCGCAGCCAAGACGAGCUCAAGGAAGGCGAGCCUGAGGGCGAGGUACUCCCUGAGAAGAAAGGCCCCGAGCCCGGGGGCUUCAUGUCUGGACUGCCCUUCCUGUCUCCACCACCCCCUCCCUUGGACCUGCACCGGUUCCCAGCCCCCCUCUUCACCCCACCCGUGCUGCCCCCCUUCCCUCUGGUUCCGGAAUCGCUGCUUAAGCUCCAGCAGCAGCAGCAGCUGCUCCUGCCCUUCUACCUCCAUGACCUCAAGGUGGGGCCCAAGCUGGCCCUGGCUAGUCCUGCGCCCAUGCUGUCCCUCCCAGCUGCCACCCCGCCUCCUCUCCCCGCACCCCCCAAGGCUGAGCUGGCUGAGCAGGAAUGGGAGCGGCCCCUCAUCGCUGAAGAGGGGGGCGAAGCCGGGCCCUCCUCACCGCCCCACGCGUCGCCCAAUGAGGCUGCCCGCACGGCCGCCAAGGCCCUUCUAGAAAACUUCGGCUUUGAGUUAGUGAUUCAGUACAACGAGGGGAAGCAGGCAGUGCCCCCGCCCCCAACGCCGCCUCCCCCGGAGUCUCUGGGCGGUGGAGACAAGCUGGCCUGCGGGGCCUGCGGGAAACUCUUCUCCAACAUGCUGAUCCUCAAGACGCACGAGGAACACGUUCACCGCCGCUUCCUGCCCUUUGAGGCCCUGAGUCGUUACGCUGCCCAGUUUCGAAAGAGCUAUGACAGCCUGUACCCGCCCCCAGCUGAGCCCCCCAAGCCUCCCGAUGGGUCCCUGGAGUCACCUCCCCAGCUGGGCCCGCCUUUCAUGGUUCCAGAGCCCGAAGUCGGAGGGAUCCACACAUCAUCGGAGGAGCGAAGUCUGGCAGGAGCGCACUGGGCCCCGGAGGAAGAGGAAGGCUCCAGGGGCAGCCUUCCUCCCACGACGGUGCCCACCGGCCGCCGGUUCUCCAGGACCAAGUUCACCGAGUUCCAGACCCAGGCGCUGCAGUCUUUCUUUGAGACCAGCGCCUACCCCAAGGAUGGAGAGGUGGAGCGGCUCGCCAGUCUCUUGGGUCUGGCCAGUCGCGUGGUGGUAGUGUGGUUCCAGAAUGCCCGCCAGAAAGCCCGCAAAAAUGCCUGUGAGGGUGGGCCGGUGGCGGCCGGAGGGAGCACCGGGGUGCACUCGGGCUGCAGGCGCUGCCACGCCACCUUCGCCUGCGUUUUCGAGUUAGUUCGGCACCUCAAGAAGUGCUAUGAUGACCAGCCUCCUGAGGAGGAGGAGGCCGAGGCAGGGGAGGAGGAAGAGGAGGUGGAGGAAGAAGAGGUGGAGGAGCGGAACCCCGACACCGCCGACGGGCGUGGUGGCCCGUCACCCGAACUGCACGCAGGUGGGGAGGACCUGAACCAAGCAGAGCCGACAAGGCCGGAGGGCAAAGAGUCUGAAGGGAAGGCGUCCCCACCACCUCCCGCCCACGCCUGUGAGCAGUGUGCCGUUUCCUUCCCCAGCCAGGACCUCCUGGCCGCUCACCACCGACUCCAUUUCCCACCAUCGUCGUCGGCGCAGCCCAAUGCUGCAUCACAGCUCCUGGACCUGCCUCUGCUGGUGUUGGGGGAGCGACACCCUGGAGCAUCGGGCCCCUCAUCGGCGACGGGGACGCCCCUCAAGCGGAAGCACGACGAUGGCAGUCUGUCUCCCACAGGCAGUGAAGCAGGGGCUGGAGGCGAGGGCGAACCCCCCAAAGACAAGCGCCUGCGCACUACCAUCCUGCCCGAGCAGCUGGAGAUCCUGUACCGCUGGUACAUGCAGGACUCCAACCCCACGCGGAAGAUGCUCGACUGCAUCUCUGAGGAGGUGGGGCUCAAAAAGCGAGUGGUGCAGGUCUGGUUCCAGAACACCCGAGCCCGCGAGAGGAAAGGCCAGUUUCGAAGCACCCCUGGGGGAGUCGCUGGUCCGGCGGUGAAACCCACCGUUACGCCCACCCCAGCGCCCUUCCCCAAAUUCAACCUCCUGUUGAGCAAGAUAGAAGAUGACACCGGGAAGGAAGCCCCAAAGAGAGAGGCCCCUGCUUUCCCCUACCCGGCAGUCACCCCGGCUGCCGGGCCUCUGUCGUUCCUACCACCCGGGAAAGAGGCCGCUGUGCCAACACCAGAGCCCCCUCCGCCCCUCCCAGCUCCCGCACUCAGUGAGGAUGAAGGCCCAGAGGAACCCUCUAAAGUAUCUCCGGAAAGCGAGGCUUGCAGUCCAUCGGCAGGAGACCUGAGUGACUCAUCUGCUUCCAGCCUGGCGGAACCAGAAUCCCCUGGGGCUGGAGGGACCAGCGGGGGACCAGGAGGUGGGACUGGGGUUCCGGAUGGGAUGGGGCAGCGGCGAUACAGGACCCAGAUGAGCAGUCUGCAGCUGAAGAUCAUGAAAGCCUGCUACGAAGCCUACCGCACCCCUACUAUGCAGGAGUGUGAGGUGCUGGGGGAGGAAAUCGGACUGCCCAAGAGAGUCAUUCAGGUCUGGUUCCAAAACGCUCGUGCCAAGGAAAAGAAAGCCAAACUGCAGGGGACCGCGCCUGCAGGCAGCGGGGGCGGCAGCAGCAGCAGCAGCAGCGAGGGCACCUUGGCGGCCCAGCGCACCGACUGCCCUUACUGCGAUGUCAAGUACGACUUCUACGUCUCCUGCCGGGGCCACCUCUUCUCCCGACAGCACCUGGCCAAGCUCAAGGAGGCAGUCCGAGCCCAGCUCAAGAGUGAAAGCAAAUGCUAUGACUUAGCUCCGGCGCCCGAGGCCCCGCUGGCUCCCAAAGGGCCGCCCGCCACCACCCCUGCCUCUGUGCCCUUGGGGGCUUCCCCGACCCUGCCGCGCCUGGCCCCUGUCCUCUUGCCAGGCCCAGCUCUGGCCCAGCCACCACUCGGAAGCAUAGCUUCUUUCAAUUCAGGCCCUGCAGCCUCCUCAGGCCUCCUCGGCCUCGCCACUUCGGUCCUGCCUGCCACCACAGUGGUCCAGACUGCUGGUCCAGGCCGCCCCUUACCUCAGAGACCCGUGUCCAACCAAACCAACAGCUCUGCUGACCCCACCCCUGGCCCAGCGCCUGAGCCCCCAGGAGACAAAGUCUCCGGUGAGCGAAAGCCGGUGGCAACCCUUCCCAACUCCUCCACGGAUGCGCUCAAGAACCUGAAAGCACUGAAGGCCACUGUCCCCGCCCUGCUGGGGGGCCAGUUCCUGCCCUUCCCACUGCCCCCGUCAGGCGGGGCGGCUCCACCCGCCGUCUUUGGCCCCCAGUUACAGGGGGCCUACUUCCAACAGCUUUACGGCAUGAAGAAGGGGCUGUUCCCCAUGAACCCGGUGAUACCUCAGACCCUCAUUGGGCUGCUCCCCAAUGCCCUCCUCCAACCACCCCAAGCCCCCGAGCCUACAGCCACAGCACCCCCAAAGCCCCCCGAGCUGCCGGCUCCCCGGGAAGGGGAAAGCGGUGAGGCCGACGAGCUGCUGACGGGCAGCGCCGGCAUCUCCACCGUCGAUGUCACUCACCGCUACCUGUGCCGUCAGUGCAAGAUGGCAUUUGACGGCGAGGCCCCCGCCGCCGCCCACCAGAGAUCCUUCUGCUUCUUUGGGCGGGGUUCCGGGGGUCCCAUGCCUCCCCCGCUGCGGGUACCCGUCUGCACCUACCACUGCCUGGCCUGCGAGGUGCUGCUGAGCGGGCGCGAGGCCCUGGCCUCCCAUCUGCGCUCCUCAGCCCACAGGCGCAAGGCAGCCCCACCCCCCGGAGGCCCCCCCAUCACCGUCACCAACAGCGCCACUGCUGUCCCGGCUGCGGUGGCCUUUGCCAAAGAGGAAGCAAGAUUACCUCACACGGACCCCAACCCCAAAACUACUACUACCUCUACACUUGUAGCUUUAUAAACAGAUAAACCAAGAUGGGGCAAGAGAGGGCCUCAGGGUUCCCUCACCCCAACCUUCAGCUCUGCCCACCUCAUGGGAGUCGGUCGAUUCCCACCGGCAGUGGGCUUCACACACCCCACCUCCAGCAGAGUCCUGCCUCCUCCCCCUCCCACCGAUACUCUGACCCUCAUUCUCAGCCCCUUGCAGACGCACCGCCCGCCCCCCCCCCACACACACACCUUGGCAUACACGUCUGCCCCGGCCCCUCGUCCUGCCCAUCGAUCCCACUGUAAACACACACCUUUCCCAUACUAUUACACUGACUGAGACAACGCCAAAAGAAAGAAAAGAAGAAGACAAAAGAAAACCCAAGACAAAAGAGGGGGUGGAAAGAAUCAACUUUGCCACACACACACACCCUCCUCCUUGCCCCUUGUCCAGAGCACAGACUGCUCACAAACUCCAAAAACCCAACUGGUUCCUAAGGUUGGAGCCUGGGAUGGGCAGGGAGCCCAUAAAACUAACCAAACUGGAGGCUGUCAGGGGGAGAGGCGCCCCUGUUCACUCUCCCCCACUCCCCUCCCCCCUGACCCUCUCCUCACCUGAUGGGACCCUCGCAGCCUGGACUCCCGGGGAAGCGGCUGCCGGGAACCCUUCUACCAGCCCUCACCCCAUACCCUGGAAACCGCAGUAACUUUUUCUCAAAGGCUUUAAACACAGAGAUCCUCUCAGCAGCCGUGGGCCUGCCCCGUGCCCCAGCCCUGCCAAGGGCAGUCCAGCCUCGGGGGAUCAGCAUUGCCCACCAAUGGCAAAUCCAAAGUUCUUAAAAAAAAAAAAAAAAACCUGAAACACACCAAAUAAACAAGAGCAAGAGAGAGUGUGCACAUUCACGAGAGAGAGAUGGAGAGACCAGAGGAAUGAAGUAAAGAAAAACAUAAACUUUGAAUAUACAGAGAGAGAGAAAAAAAAAAAAAAAAAACUCCCAUCAAACAAGUGGUUUUUCCCCCCACUUUGGUUUGGUUUGGUUUGGGUUUUGUUUUUGUUUUUCUGUUUGUGUCCCCCUCCCUUCCUCCCACCCCCAUUUGAGAGUUUCCUGCAGUCUGAGCUCUGAUGCCUCGACGUCCUCACUGGGGCGAUCCACAGGACUGUAGGCUCUGCGGCCUUCCCCUCGCUGUGCCAAGUCCCCGACAUGACUCCCAUCCCCUGAGGUGACCAUGUGUCAGGACAGAAGAUACAUCUCAUUCUCAGUGGUCAGAAAGCCUUGUUCAAGAGUCUUGGCCAUCCCCAGAAGGGCACAGUUGGGGGCAGUUCUGGUUUCUGAAAUCAAGACGUGGAUCCCUUUUGCCUGUCCUUUUCUCUUCUCAUUGACUCUUUCCUCCCCAGGGCUCCUGUGGUGUUUCUGACUGUCUGGAACCUCCUUUGCCUUUUACAGGCUCCCCUGUCCCCCCUCCACUUUUCCUCCGCCUAGUCCUCGGCCCUCUCCCUUGCCCCUCCAUUAACCGGCAUCUACUGGAGGUGUUGUCCAAAGUCUGCCUGUCUGUUAAGGCAUAAGGACCUGUAAGAAGAUGUGUAGGGAGCGGGACUGUGAACACAACCUGCUCUCCAGGGAUACAACAGGAGGCCAGUGUCCUAGGAGAAGCUUCCCACACCCAAUCUUACUUCCUGUGUGACCGUCGGGGGUCAUUUUGGCAAUCCCCAAAUCUAGCCCGAACGGCACAGGAGAGAUUUGAUAGAGGUUUUAUUUUAGCAAAGAAAAGCCUGCCAAUUCCCCACCUCCUCCAGCUAUUUCAUCUCCCCCCAGCUCCCAGCAGUCCCUCCAGGCCUCGUGCAUUAGUUGCCCAUUGAAUAUUUAUCUGCCCACCCUGGAACUUAGCGUUUGCAGGGUCCCCCAGCCACAUACCAACAGGAAAGCAACGCUUUGUGUGCAGAAAGGGAGAGGAGGGGAGGGUCAGCUUAAAUCCUUAGUUCUCCAUAUUCUGGAUCUCAAACUCCUGUGCCAUUCACUUUGAAGGUUAACAAACUCCUAGCUCGAGCCAGCUGAGGGGAAGAUGAAACCAGUUCUGUUGAUACCAAAAAUGCCAGUCACUAGAAAAUCUAGCUCGUGGUGGUCUGGUGCCUGCCGCCACUGGUCCCUGCCUCUCAGCAUCUCUCACAGCCACACAUACCCCCCAUCCUUUUCUCUCACUUGUUGAAAAUCUAUGUAUAAAAGUAUUUUCUUAGCAGCAUGUGUAUGAGGAAAAAAGGGUUUUUUUGUUUUUGUUUUUUGUUUUUUUUCUUAACUCUGCUUUCUGGGAAUGUGACUUGUGUAUAAAAGAUAAAAAGGAAGAAAGAAAAGAAAAAGAAGGAACUUUAAAAGAAAAUCUUGGUAAACAUCUGCCUUGGGAUAAUUA